UAAACGAUCGACCGCCCCUCUCCUCUCCUGCCGCCACUCUUGUGUGUGUAUCUACGGCAGCUGCAGUUCGCCCGGUCGAACACUACUUGAAAAGUUGGAAAUUAAAAAAUCAUCCAUCCGCCGAAGCACCUCCCCCUCCGAGUCGUCUGUCUCAGCAAACCGUUACAACCGGUCGAUCAGUUUUUUUCUGGAAAAGGACCGCACAGAAAAACCCUCGAGUCAUGUCUAUGGGCGACAGAGUUACAAACAUUUGGAAAAGAGCUAGCGAUGAAGGCGAAAACAGAGACGACGUUCCUUGGCAUUUAAAAUAUGGCGGCAGAUCGUUGGGAACGUUUGCCGGCAUUGUGAAUCUCUUUACUGGAUUGUGGAACGGAAUCUCGAUCAUAUUUUUGAAUUCAGACUGUUUGUUCGGAGGAGUUUUGCAAAUAUUUCUGGGAUUUUUGAUGAUAGCGUUGGAAGCGCCUUGUCUUUGUGUGUUUGUCGAUUAUAUGCAACAAGUGAGCGACAUUGCUGAGAGCAAACCAUAUUGGAGCAGAGCUAUUUUUUACGCCGGAGCAUCGUUGGUACCUCUGUUUAUGUGCUUUGGACCGAGUACGUUCAUUGCUAGUGCAUUGGUGUUUGGUACCGGAUUGUUGUACGGUUUAAUGUCCAUUGGAAAGAAAGGAUCUAGGGACGACAUGGGCGUUAUCGCCUCUCCUGUCGAUAAUGUCGCUCAACCUAUGGGCGGACAUCACACGACCUACAUGGAAGAUCCAGAUGUGUGGCGUCCCACUUAAGGGCUCCCGCUGAUCAAAUGAAAAACACUGCAGCAACUUUAGAACCUUAACCGCACAUAUUUAGUCUGCUGCCCUCAAUACAAUCGUGGAGUCUACUACAAUAUUAAUUAUACAAAAAAAAAAACCCAAAUGGUUCCUGAGGCCAAUCGGCUAUCGUUAUUUUUACAAACAUUCCAGUUAAUCGCGGUCUCACGUAUGUUAAUGCAAAAGCGAUCACACGUUUGAUAGCUAGUGAUUUGGACUUGAUGUAAUCUAAAAUUGUUCUUUUCGGCGUACUAGCCUACUUACUCUCUCGAGACGAUAUAAUCUCUUUUUGUCCAUUAUGUAUCCCUACCAAAAGUGUUA